AUCAGAUCCUGAAGUUGCGAUCACGUUAAAGCACUGGUGCGGGGAUGUGGUCGGUGUUAAACGAAAUACUCCUGACACCAUUUUCUUUUAAGGCAACACUUGACGUCUGGUGAGUCGCUCCGUGAGCCGCGGCGAGGCGGGCGUUGUAAUUUUGCCGAAGACUUAAGUACUUUUUUUUUUUUUAAAAGGCCCGGAGGAAAACACAGUUAAGCUAACGGUAAAUAGCCACCAUGUCGUGGGAAGAAUUGCCUCGUUUUCUGGCCUCGCCUCUCCUCUGUUUCCCUGCUCUCUGAUCCGACCGGACAACAAAACAAGCAGAGGUAACUUCGCACUGAACUGUCAAUGCAGCUAACAGUUGGUGUUAUAAAUUAGUCAACACCGACGGGUUUACUCUAGCUUGUUAGCUUGCGAGCCAUGGCGGACAGCUUCGGAGAGGAGUCCAGCGGCGGUGCCCUUGGUUUAGGCGUAACCGGACCGGGCAGCGCAGCCUCGCUGCUGCCGACUUUGACCAACUCUCUGCCGGGGGGACACUCGGCCGUCAGCGGUGCUCACCCCGGAUCCAACCCGGCCUCCCCGCCUCCCGCAUCGGCCGCGCCGAGUGGCCUAACCGCCGUGGUGGCCCCCAUGUCCGCUGUCACUGCUACGCCAGUCGGCUUCGGGAACGCGUUUUCCCCCGGCUCCUCGCCACCUGUCGUGGCCAUGUCUCCGACCGUACACACCUCCACGCCUCUCCCCGGGGUCGGGUUAGGGGUAGCCGGGGUGGCAGGAGCGGGCCUCCUGUCCCAAAUCCACGCUACUUCCUGGGACCCGACUCUGAGUGCGGACUGGGACAACGAGAAGGCUUCCCAGCAGUGCAUCCUGAGGAUAAAGAGGGAUAUCAUGUCCAUCUACAAGGAGCCACCGCCAGGCAUGUUUGUAGUCCCUGAUCCCCAAGACAUGACCAAGAUCCACGCCCUGAUCACAGGACCUUUUGACACACCGUACGAGGGCGGUUUCUUCCUCUUCCUGUUCCGCUGCCCUCCCGACUACCCCAUCCACCCACCGCGGGUCAAGCUCAUCACCACCGGACACAACACCGUCCGGUUCAACCCCAACUUCUACCGCAACGGCAAAGUCUGCCUCAGCAUCCUGGGGACAUGGACCGGCCCAGCGUGGAGUCCAGCCCAGAGUAUCUCAUCUGUCCUAAUUUCUAUCCAGUCUCUGAUGACAGAAAACCCCUAUCACAAUGAACCUGGCUUUGAACAGGAGCGUCACCCAGGGGACAGCAAGAAUUACAACGAGUGCAUUCGCCACGAGACCAUGAGGGUGGCUGUGUGUGACAUGCUCGAGGGCAAAGUUCCCUGCCCUGAGGCUCUGUGGAGUGUGAUGGAAAAGUCCUUCCUCGAGUAUUACGAUUUCUACGAGGGAGUCUGCAAAGAGAGGCUGCAUAUGCAGGGACAGAACAUGCAGGAUCCAUUCGGCGAGAAGCGCGGCCGCUUUGACUACCAGGGCCUGCUGGCUCGCCUCGGCGCCACUCACAGGCGAAUACGGGAGAAAAACCUGGCGGAGGAAGACCACAACGACGACGACUCGGACUCAGACACCAGCUCCUCUGGGACGGACCCUGACAGCCAGGGCAGCUCCCAGCCCUGACUCCCUGGACGGUGCGGGACUCAAAGCCAGACCAAGAGCUAAAGACAAAGGGACUCUUUCUUCUUUUCUUUUUUUUUUUCCUUUCUCUUUUUUUUUUUUUUGUUUGCAGUGGAGAAUCAACAUCACAGAAGAGAAUGUGAUAUCUAGAAUUAAGGCUUUAUGAGUCACUUAAGUCAGGGGUUGACGAUUUGAAUCAAGCUACUCUUGUGCUAGCACUCGCAAUGAAACACCAUCCGCUAGUCAAAUGCUGGCAAAUUUGACCCAUAGCGGAGCAUUUAUGCUACUAUUGUAGCUACCCAUGAUUGACUCUAAAACUCAAGACGGCUCCCCAGACUCAUAGAUUGGGGGAUGUAAAAGGGUAGCAUCAUUGCUUGGGCCUUUAGUAGGACAAAAUAAGAUAAGUUCAGAAUUCUAAGUUGCUCCACUUCAAUCAGCAAGCCCAAACAUGUUCUGUAUUCUUUUCCCAAGAAAGGGUACCGUCUUAGUUACCAUAAGGAGGAGGAGAACUUGGACAGAUGGCUGUCCUGCAAAGUAGCCUUAUCUUCUUUGAAUUCAAGAGGGCAGGAAGAAAUACCUUUUUAUCAGUGGAGGGUAAACGACCGAAGAAGAAAGUGAUUGCUUUGCAAGUCAUGUGCCUUGUCGCCUCUGGCCAGGGUGAAGCCACCCCACACACUUCUAUCAGACUGGACCUCACCUGCGUCUCCAACCAGGCCACACAGAAACAUCAGCACCUCUGGAUUUCUGAAUACUGAAUAUUCUGAUUCCUGUGUAUUCAAAAAAAAAAAAAAAAAAAAAAAGACCAAGUUCUGCUUACCUUUCAGUUCUAACCGUGCGGUUGAACUGACUGUAAAUCUGUUUACCAGAUAAGAAGCCGAUAGACAAAUGUCAGUUUCAUUGACAUCCACAUUUAUACCUUUUGUUAUGCUGUUUUCUCUUUGUCUUACUGAAAGUAACGGAAAUUCCCAGUGUGUAGGGUGCAUUGUUUAUUUGUAAACCCUGCUGUUUUUUUUUUUUUUUUUUUGGGUUGCCGGCUCUUGUGAUUAACAUGUCACAAUAAAACCAAACCAUCCCGUGCUUUAGCUAGAGCCGCCUAAGUUCAGGGGUACUAAUGGAAGAUAGACAAGGAGAACGCUCCAAUGCUGUUCACACUGCAAGUAACACAGUCGCUUUGUUCUCCUCUGCCGAAGCCCUUGGCUAAUGGUUUCUGCAUAGUUUGAUUCAGUAAUUAAAGAUGGCUCUUGCUCACUAGGUGACUAAUUCAGACGAUUACUAGUGUUGGCGAGUGCGUGGUUUUUACCAGCAGGUGUCAGACUUGGCACAGGCUUCAGUCUGACACAAGAUAUUGGUGAAACAUGGCCCAUAAAUAUAUAUAUUAGGAGUAACUGAUUUGUAAUUGCUCUGCUUGUUCAUUCAGACUCUGAAUAAACCAUUCUAGCAUUAUUCUGAGAGAUGGAACAAAAAUCCUAGCCCUCCUUUCAGCUCGGCUGAAGUUAAUCAUCCUUCAGAAAUGUGGCUUACAAAAACCGAGCCAACAUCCGCACCUUGGUAAUCGGGUGCAGGUUUACACAGAAUAUAACUACCAGUACAUAUUCCUACGCGACAGCUUAGCAAGGAGAUACUGUUUGUAGCGACAGGUAAAUAUUGUACUGAAGACCUGCAAGUUUGGAAGAUAAUCGAGGGAUUUGACUCAGGCGGCAGAAGCUUCAUGUCAACUCUGCAGCCGGUAUGGAUGAACUACAGUCAGUUUCCGCUUAUCUUAGCAAAAAUGCUGGAAACCGUGCGCAGCUUGCACAAUUGUCAAUAAGUACAAUAAACAACUUGCAUCUCUAAAUAAACAUACAGAUAAGAAGUAUUUCUCGUACUAUUUGCUACUCUUACUACUACUAGUUUCUAGUCCCACUCAUGUUUCGGUUUCUUGGUGGGUUUUGUUACCCUUGAAAUGAGCAAGGCUAGCAGUUUCCCUCUUUUCCAGUCUUUGUGCUAAGCUAACUAGUGGCUGGCUGUAGAAAUUCGGAUUGUCUAGCUAUGUUGCCCAGCAUUUCCAAAUAUAGACAUUAAAUUUGGUAUGUAAUUCCCUUGUAAUAAACUCCAAAAAGUGUUUAAAUGCAGAAAGACAAAUGGUCUGAGCGAUAACUGGCUGUUGUGGCUGUUUGAUUUCCUCCUUGCCUUCCGUUGUCCCCCCUGCCUGUGUCUGCCUUUAGCUCCCCACAGUCGUGUUAGCAUCGAAAAAGGGCAGCGGUUUGCUUCUGCUGGCAGCCAACCACUGAUCCACUCCAUCAGUCACUAUUGUCGGGCAUUCCUUUUAAUUUUCCUUUUAUUACGUUGUAGAAUGUUUAUGAGAAGCAGCUUCUAGAAAAUGUAUGCGACUGCUGAAAUGUCAAUUGCCACCUAUCUUUGCGCGGUGGAAGAGAAGAGUUUCUGUCCCUGCUUGGUUGUCUUGUGUUGUGCUUAAAGCAGGGUUCCUAUGUGGCUCUUUAGAGCUUGGGAUUACUGACGGAAGUGGUCGUUUCUUGGCCUUGAACAUGUUGGUAUUGUACAGAAGUUCUGGAAAAGUACAGAAUAAAAAGUUCAGUCUUGA